AUGUUGUCGAGAGCGUUCAAUGGCCAGCAUGGUCGGGCAUACCUAUUUGAGAAAGUGGUUAACAUCAAGAUAGGCCCUCCCGGCGACCGCCCGAUGACAACUGGUCUGCACACCGUUCGUGAUAUCUACUGCGUCCGGUGCGGUGAAACCCUUGGCUGGAAAUAUGACAAGGCAUAUGAGCAAAGCCAGAAAUAUAAAGAGGGGAAAUUCAUCCUCGAGCGCUUCCUGCUCGAAGACGUACAAUGA